AGAGGCCCCGAGACCACAGAGCUGAUGGCGUCUUCGACCCCUUCUCCGUCCGCAACCUCCUCGAACGCGGGAGCGGACCCCAAUACCACCAACCUGCGCCCCACAACGUAUGACACCUGGUGCGGUGUGGCCCAUGGAUGCACCAGAAAACUGGGGCUCAAGAUCUGCGGCUUCUUGCAAAGGACCAACAGUCUGGAAGAGAAGAGUCGCCUCGUGAGUGCCUUCAAGGAGAGGCAGUCCUCCAAGAACCUGCUGUCCUGUGAAAACAGCGACCGGGACACCCACUUCCGGCGCACAGAGACCGACUUCUCCAACCUGUUUGCGCGAGACCUGCUUCCAGCUAAGAACGGGGAGGAGCAAACCGUGCAGUUUCUGCUGGAAGUGGUAGACAUACUCCUCAACUAUGUCCGCAAGACAUUUGAUCGCUCCACCAAGGUGUUGGACUUCCAUCACCCACACCAGUUGCUGGAAGGCAUGGAGGGCUUCAACUUGGAGCUCUCUGACCACCCCGAGUCCCUGGAGCAGAUCCUGGUUGACUGCAGAGACACCCUGAAAUAUGGGGUCCGCACAGGUCAUCCUCGAUUUUUCAACCAGCUCUCUACUGGAUUGGAUAUCAUUGGCUUAGCAGGUGAAUGGCUAACGUCAACUGCCAAUACCAAUAUGUUUACAUAUGAAAUUGCCCCAGUAUUUGUCCUCAUGGAGCAAAUAACGCUUAAGAAGAUGAGAGAGAUAGUUGGAUGGUCAAGUAAAGAUGGUGAUGGGAUAUUUUCUCCUGGGGGCGCCGUAUCCAACAUGUACAGCAUCAUGGCAGCUCGCUACAAAUACUUCCCGGAAGUUAAGACAAAGGGCAUGGCAGCCGUGCCCAAACUGGUCCUCUUCACCUCAGAACACAGUCACUAUUCCAUAAAGAAAGCUGGGGCUGCACUUGGCUUUGGAACCGACAAUGUGAUUUUGAUAAAGUGCAAUGAAAGGGGGAAGAUAAUUCCAGCUGAUUUUGAGGCAAAAAUUCUUGAAGCCAAGCAAAAGGGAUAUGUUCCUUUUUAUAUCAAUGCAACUGCUGGCACGACUGUUUACGGAGCUUUUGAUCCGAUACAGGAGAUUGCAGAUAUAUGUGAGAAAUAUAACCUUUGGCUGCAUGUUGAUGCUGCCUGGGGCGGUGGGCUGCUCAUGUCCAGGAAGCACCGCCAUAAACUCAGCGGCAUAGAAAGGGCCAACUCAGUCACCUGGAACCCUCACAAGAUGAUGGGCGUGCUGUUGCAGUGCUCUGCCAUUCUCGUCAAGGAAAAGGGUAUACUCCAAGGGUGCAACCAGAUGUGUGCAGGAUACCUCUUCCAGCCAGACAAGCAGUAUGAUGUUUCCUACGACACUGGGGACAAGGCAAUUCAGUGUGGCCGCCACGUGGACAUCUUCAAGUUCUGGUUGAUGUGGAAAGCAAAGGGCACAGUGGGAUUUGAAAAUCAGAUCAACAAAUGCCUGGAACUGGCUGAAUACCUCUAUACCAAGAUUAAAAACAGAGAAGGAUUUGAAAUGGUUUUUGAUGGCGAGCCUGAGCACACAAAUGUCUGUUUCUGGUAUAUUCCACAAAGCCUAAGGGGUGUUCCAGAUGGCCCCGAGAGACGGGAAAAACUACACAGGGUGGCUCCAAAAAUCAAAGCCCUGAUGAUGGAGUCAGGCACAACCAUGGUUGGCUACCAGCCUCAGGGAGACAAGGCCAACUUCUUCCGGAUGGUCAUCUCAAACCCAGCCGCUGCCCAGUCUGACAUCGACUUCCUCAUUGAGGAGAUAGAAAGGCUGGGCCAGGAUCUCUAA